UAAAAAAAAACGGAUAAUAAAAGUAGAAAAAGUGGAAAAAUUCCAAGUGAAAUGUCUCAAUUUUAUGGCAACAGGAGAAUAAAGCAAAAAAUCAACAUCUAUGCCCACAGACACGAUGACAACAAAACGUAUAAGUUUUCAGCAACAGCAGCAAACACUACAAAAUUCCCAUCACCAUCAUCAGCAACAGCGAAGGCCACCUGACGUUGAAGAGGCUCUAUCAUCGAUGCUAUGGACACCAUAUGAACGUGCCUCAACAACAGAUACAUCAUCCGAUGAUGAUGAUGAACAAUUGCAACGUCAAUUGAAAAAAUCCAAAAGUCAAUAUGAUUAUACGAGUGUACCAACAACAAUACCCCCCUUAACACCACCGCCGCCACCACUACCAUCACUCGCAUCACUAGGACAGUCACCUUCACUACCACCCACACAUUUCCCCCUCACGCCCACACAUUUAACACCAACAAAUAUUGUGGCAUAUAUAACGGCAGCGACACCGGCAAGAGCAGCAACAACAGCAGCAGCUGUGGCAGCAACAAGUUUAAUAUCGACGACGAGCGCGUAUUAUACAACAGAAGAUUUAUGUGAUCCAUCUGUAACAACACCAUUAGUGCCUUUUUCAAAUCUUAUGCUCAAUGCGCAUACAGCAGCAACACCCAACCACAAUCGUCUACUAAACACUGCCAUCACAGCUGAGCACGAUGACGAUGACGAAAUUGAUGAAGAUGAUGAUGUCAAUUUAAAUGUGGAUGUAGAUGUGGAUGAUACAUUUAAUGAUGUCUAUAAUAAUGAGAAUACAUUAGCAGCUACAAGUUCCUCUAUGAUGAUGAUGUCAUCUUAUCAGCAGAAAAAUCGCAUUUCCUAUCCCUCUACCUAUGGACGCAUACCAAAUCUUACCAAAUGGUGGUCUACCUCCAAUGCAGCAACCACGCAACAACUACAACCAACACCAGUCCCAUCUACAACUCAUCAACAGAGUGCCGUUGAAUCAACACCAGCUGCAGCAGUGACACUACUUCCCCCACCUCCACCACAGCCACCAACAACCACCCUGACAGUUGAGACCAAUAAACAACCACCUUCGUAUGAGUCCUUAUACAAGAAACAUCCUUUGCGACCAUUACGUCAACGUCAGCAUCGUUUGAACAAACAUUUGAAUUUAUUCAAACCCGUUUUGGAAACUUUAAAAGCAAAUGUGACAACAAUAACACAGGGUCGUUUUACCUCCCUUACACGACCGGAUCAUAAUAGAGUUACUAAUGCCAAUAUCACAAGUGCAAUCAACCCAACUACUACAACACAACAACCUACAACUGUUGUUAUAGAAUCUACAGCAGCAUCAACGACAGCAGGAAUUACAAUUAGAAACGAUAACUGUAGCACGGAAAGUACAAGUAACAAUUUGGUUCAUUCAUUUACCGAUAAUUUUCUACAUGAGCACUGUCCCACUACACAACAUGUUGCAGCAACAAAUGUUGACAACGAGCAUAUCAUUAAUAUUAACAACAAUAAUAACAAUAACACCACAACAGAAAACAUAAAUGGUGAAACCCCAAUACAACAACAAGCACUGAUUCAUCAGCAGCAACAAUACACUCACGAACAAAUACAAGUUGACGCGAAUACGAAAUCAAAACAAAACCAAGAAAACGAAAAUAAACAAAACAAUAAUUUCAUUAUUUGCCAACAACAACAACACAUACAAAAACAGCUGCAAAAUCCAACAACAACAUACGAAGAGCACCCAGAGAAAGAGACCUGCAAAAGAGAAGCAGAAAUGAACACGAAUGAACUCACCAUUGAUCGCAUAGAGUGCGAGCACAAAAUGAAUGCACCACUAUUCAUGGCGACAACAACAAAUGCCAGCACCACCACCAGCAAUAUGACGGGGAGUUUAUUUUACGAUUCAUCGUCAGCGAUCAGUUUGACGCGUUCAUUUGAGGCAAACACAUCGUAUACGGUUGGCUUGACGGAUGUAUAUGAUAGUUUUAACACGGAUUUACAAGACGAAACACGUAAAACAACGACGUAUAGUCUAACACCCAAUAAAUGUUUGGCGGAAUUGGAACGUUUGUAUGCCGAAUUUCGGGCCAGUGAAAGUUUACGUGAGCAAAAAUUACGCGAAUCGCAAAAUCAACUAGAAAAGACGGAAACGGAUAAUAUGCGUUUAAACGUGCCCGCCUCCACCACGAACUCCGUUAGCAAAAUGGCAACGGAGGUCAGUGGAAAGUCAGUGAGUGAAACAAGAUUAAAUCCAAGUACAAGUAGUGUUUUUCUAACAACCACAAAUAGUGUUACCACUAUAACGAAUCCUUGUCAGCGUACGCCAAGUUUAACCAUACAAGUUAAUCAGAAUGUUAAUGUCAGUAAUGCAAAUAAUAAUAGUAAUAACAACAACAAUAAUAAUAAUUAUAAUAAUAAUACAAGUGUUAAUAACGGAGGUGGUGGCCAACAUGAAAAUAAUGAAUCUCAACAACAUCAAGUUGUUCUAAAUCAGGCCAUAGUGAAUACAACAACAAACGGUGUUAGUGUGAUCAAUUGUAAUUAUGUGAAUAAUGUUAAUAAUAACAACAACAAAAGUAUUACAAAUCUAUGCGAUAAUGCAACAAAUACAAAUAAUAGUGUUGAUAACAUAACAACAGCAACCAAUAAUAAUGUUGGUCGUAAUCCUAAAAAUAAUCAUUGUAGUCCUAAUCAUGAUACAAAUUCCAAUAAUAUUUCCAAAAAUAUCAAUGAUAAUUGUAGUGGUAGCGGCAAUAGUGAUAUUGAUCCUCCACAUAGUUCAGUGCCUCAAGUGUUAAGUGUCAAUAAUGUAAAAGAUCAUGUAAUUGCAAAAAAUUACCAAAAGCAUUUAAACAAUGCCCCCAAUACCCAAGUGAAAGUAAUACAAGUAAAUGAAGUGGCCCCUAAGGCAAACAAUACAUCGUCAUCCUCUUCCUCGUCAACACCCACAUCAUCGCCACAGCGCACUUUUACCUCUACGGAGUGUCAGACGGAUGAUAUCUCAGCGGUGCAGCUAAGAUCACCAUCGGCUACAAGACCAGCUUUAACAUCGACUUCUUCGGCCAACUCUAACAACAAUCGCGAACAAAGACGUCGCGAAAGACGAGAACGUCGUCAUUUACAACAUACUGCUUCGUUAUUGGUCGCUCCUACUCACUCCCAUCCCCAUCCUCAUAACCAUCCCUUGCGUCAUGGCCACUUAGAUCGUCAUUCUAUGCCGGCUCCUCCUCUACCACCCAUCCUACAUCCACCUCAUAUGCAUCCCGGCUUAGCCGGAAAUUUACAACAUAAUGGUCAUAAUGUUGCCAUGUUGAGGCCCAUGUUACCCGAUAUAUUACAUAAUCAUUUUCCACCUCCCUACAGUGCAUUACCGCAGUCGAUGACUACGGGAAGUGGUAAUAUGCCACAUCAUAAUGGAUCUCCUAUACCCUUUAGCCAUCCGCAUUCUCAUCCACACCAUCCGCUACCACAAACACCAACGGCCACUAUAUUGGGGCCACCACCUCCGCCGCCACCGGCUGGCACAACUCUGCUGACAUCCGUGAUAUCAACGGUUCCUAUACCCGGUGCAACGCCAAUGGUUAGUGAUGGACGAUUUACGCUACCGUUACCAAUAAUAAGAAGAUCACCUUCGGAACGUUCUGGCAAAGGUUGUUGUGGUCAAUGGUUUGCUGGUCCUCCUCUACGUGCCUUAAUAGCUGUUGUUGCUCUGGGUGGAGUGGCCUGUGCUUUGGGUGGUGCUGCUUUGGGGGCUACAGGUUUGGCAGGACCUCCUAGUUCACAUUUUACAGCCGCAUUAUUAAUGAUUGGUGUUGGUGUGGUCUUGGUUACUGUUAGUGGUGCUGCCUGGCGUAUGACAGCACCAGGAGGUCCGCCCUGCCUAGGCUUAGGAUCCAGUGUAGAUUUAGGCAGAUGUGGCCGUAGACCCUGCAGUAGAGGAGGAGGAGCGCCACAAGGUCUACUUUAUCCAGAAUUUCAGCAUAGACCACCACCGCCCUCAUAUCAAGCCAGUAUGCAGGAAUAUCGUUUACGACUACUUUUGCUGGAUAGAGAUCGUCAGAACGGUGUAGUCAGAGGAAGUUCACCACCACCCACUUAUCGUUCACAUGCCGGAAGUUUGCUAAGAGCCCCCUUAACAUCAACAAUACGCGGUACUGGUGGUGGUCACUCUGGCACACGCUGCGAAAGCAGUAUUGCAGGUUCCGAAUACAGUUUCCCGCCCAGUUAUCGUUCGCGCAACAACACACCCGGUACAAUUAGCAGCGAGCGCAGCAUUGAAACCGAACCCUCAGGACGUCUUUUGGCCAACGAAGACAUACCCGAACCCUUGAGUGUUGAACAAUUAUCAGAAUAUAAUUCGCUGCAGCAGCGCUGCAACACCAAUCCCUCGCAUGGUAAUGGGCAAAAAUCGGAACAAAAAAGAAAUUCCGUACAGUUGGAUACAAAUAUUUUAAUAUCGAAAACCGAUACUAAUCUAAAUAAUUUGAACAGUGAUAAAAAAGAUGAUUUAGUGACAAUUGUCACCAUUACACCACAAAAUAAUGACAAUUUAGAGGCCAGUGAAAAUCGUAACAAUAAUGAAAAUAAUGGCACAGAGUCAAGGGAACAAAUUGAAAUCUUGGCUCAUUUGUAAACAUAAAAUUGAUUGUUAAAAAAAACCUAAUAUAUUCAUAAAAAAAAAUAUUUAAAUUGUUUUGGAAUAUAAGAAACAUUAUAUUAUUUUAUAUAAAGAGUUUUUUUGUUUUUGAGAGAAAACUUACUCUUGAUGGAAAUGUGAAGAUGCAGAGAUAUUCAAGAGAUUGCUUAAAUUGUUGUGGUUAGAGAUGUAGAGAUGUGGAAUAAUCCAAAAGUUACAAAGCUUCAAAGAUAUAGCUGUAAAAAAAGCAUAUCACAGUGUUUCUUGUAUAAUAGAAAUUUUCAUUAAAUUUUUGUCAACAUUUUAUCAAUUCUGUUUUUUAUUUUUAUAUACUUUAAAAACAAUCUUAAUUUUAAAAUUAAACAAACUUAUAUAUAAACUCUUAUAUUAAAUGUUUUCCUUCUCAUUAUUAAUCCAAAGGUAUUUAUUUUUAUAUAUUUACAAAAUUAAGAAAAAAAAAAACACAACACAAAUUGUUAAUUUUUUAUAUAUAUUAUUUGUUAAGAAUUUAUAUUGUAAUACAUUAUAACUACAUAUAAAACAUAACAAAACAAAGAAAAUAUAAAAUAUAAUUUUAACUUUUUGUACAUAAUCUAUAUGAAAUAUAAAUUAUAAACUUAACAAAACAAAAAACCAACAAAAAAAAACAAGUAAAGGAAAGUUAAAUAUAACAAAAAAAAAAACAAAAUUAUAUAUUCAUUAAAUAAUUAUGUAUAAAUGUUUUUAUGUAAUUUAUAAGUCAACAUGUAUUGUCUGUAUAUAAACAAUAACAAAAAUCAAUAAAGUAAACCAACCAUCAACAACUUAAAACUUAAAUAAAUAAACAAAUAAAUGUAUAAAAAUUGUUAGAAACAAAAACAACAAA